AUGGAUGACGACGGGGAGCCUCAGCUGCAGCCGUCGUGGCGGACGCCGCAGCCGCGCCCGGCGCCCACGCCCCCAUCGCCCUCGGCGCCCACGCCCACGCCCCCGUCGCCCACGACGCCCAUGAGCGGCGUGGAGUUCUCGGGGCAGGCGCCGCUGCCGACGCUGCUGGCCGUGGGGCUGCCGGUGUGCGUGCGGCCGCGGCCCGCCGCCCAGGGCGAGGCGGCGGCGUGUCGCUGGGUGAGCGACGAGGUGCUGCUGGAGCAGUGCGUGCGCGCGCCUACGCGCGUGCGCUGCGCCGAGAUCACGCGGCUGGCCGGCAAGGACGGCGAGGUGCAGGUGGUGGUGGCCGGCCGCUGCGCCGCCGCCGCCUUCAGCCGCAAGAACGUCGUGCUCGACGGCGCCAAGCUGUCCAGCGGAUGCCUGUUGUCGAAGAGCGGCCUGGAGGUUGGGUGGGCGGCGGCUGUGCGCCUGGAGCCCGUGCUGGCGGCCCCGGGCGGGGGCAAGGGCGAGCGGCCGCAGCUGCGCGCCGCCGAGCUGAUGACGACGACUUGCGCGCACACGCGGCGCUGUCUGGAGCUGCGGCUGGUGGACGGCGACGCGCGAGCCGACGCCCUGGCGGCCGAGGGCGCCCAGCCCCUCGCGCGGCGCGCGCGCCUGCUGCGCGUCGACGACGACGUUGUCACGGCCGCGCUGCUGCCGGAGCUGUUCGACGUCGGAAGCGACGACGACCGGCCGCUGCUCGUGCAGGUACUGCCGCCGCGCCCUGCCACGGACACCACAAACGUCUACGCUCUUCAUUAG